AUUUUUUUGACAAAUUCCAUAAACAAACAUCUCCUUACUAUUUGGCAGCUAUUUUCUAAAAAAUCAAAGACUCCUCUCCGUAAACGUGCCCCCUCGCCGCCACGCAGCUGACUGCAACCACACCCAAGUACCCAACUCUGAAUCUCGAUUCCACCGGAACUUCGAGCUCCACCCGCCGGCGUAAUUUAGGGUUACGCCCACCCUUUUCCGGACAAGGACAAUAUGAUCACCACGAUGAAUGCACACCAGAGAAGUGGUUCGGGUCCUUCUGUUCAAAGCCCUCGAUCGCUGUCCUUGCAGACUCCGUAUUUGACUGUAUCGGUAUCGGACCCGGCUAAAAUGGGCAAUGGAGUUCAAGCUUACAUUUCUUACAAAGUCAUUACUAAGCUGAACUAUCUGAGAAUAGCUCAUGUAGUGUUAGUUGAUUUGUUGAGGUUGGCACUUGGCAGUCAGACUUGCAUGGCUACACAUGAUGAUGGUGACGUUAGCCUUGACGGGCAAGUGGUGGCCAAGAAGGAGACUUUCCGGUAUUUAGGAUCGAUGCUACAAAAGGAUGGCGGCAUUGAUGUUGAUGUUAGGCAUAGAAUUGCAACUGGUUGGUUGAAGUGGCGUCAAGCUUCGGGCGUUUUCUGUGAUAAGAGGGUGCCACAAAGGCUAAAAGGUAAGUUCUAUAAGACGGCUAUUCGCCCGACGAUGCUAUACGGUGCUGAAUGUUGGCCUACAAAAAGGAAACAUGGUCGGGUGGCUCCAAUUGAGGAGAAAUUGGUUCAACAUCAGCUGAGGUUAUUCGGACAUGUCCAACGGAGACCUCCUGAUGCACCGGUGCGUAGGGGAGUUCUACAGCGGGUCGCUGAUACAAACUUUCCGGAAUAUGAGGGCUCUCAGAAAAUUGUUAUCCGGAGGUACAGUGAUUUUGUUUGGUUAAGAGAUCGUCUUUUUGAAAAGUACAAGGGUAUCUUCAUCCCUCCUCUUCCAGAGAAAAGCACUGUAGAAAAGUUCAGAUUUAGUACCGAGUUCAUUGAGAUGAGGCGCCAAGCACUGGAUGUUUUUGUCAACCGGAUAGCUUCACAUCAUGAACUUCAGAAAAGUGAUGAUUUAAGAAUAUUCUUGCAGGCUGAUGAACAGACAAUGGAUAGAGCAAGAUUCCAGGAAACUGGUAUUUUCAAGAAGCCAGCAGAUUUUAUGCAAAUUUUCAAGGACGUACAGUCCAAAGUAAGCGAUGUUGUUCUUGGGAAGGAAAAACCAGUUGAAGAAUCAAGUCCAGAGUAUGAAAAGCUGAAGAAUUACAUUUUUCAGCUCGAAGAUCACCUGGCUGAAGCCCAGAAGCAUGCUUACCGUCUCGUGAAGAGACACAGGGAACUGGGACAAUCUUUAUCAGACUUCGGUAAGGCAGUAAAGCUGCUAGCCAACUGUGAAGGAAAUGCUCUUGGGAAGGCAUUUUCUGAUCUUGGUGCAAAAUCAGAGAUAUUGUCAAUUAAGCUGCAAAAAGAGGCUCACCACCUCCUGAUGAAUUUUGAAGAACCUCUAAAAGAUUAUGUUCGGGCAGUGCAAUCUAUUAAGGCAACGAUAGGUGAAAGAGCAAAUGCGUUCAGGCAUCAUUAUGAACUAGCCGAAACAAUCAAAUUCAAGGAAAUAGACAUGAAUAAGCUCAGAUUAACACGAUCCGAAAAAUUGGCUGAAGCCGAGCAUGAAUACGAAGAGCUAAAAGCUGAUGGUGCUGAGGCAGCCAGAAGAUUUGACAAAAUCGUGCAGUUGAUGAAUGAGGAGAUUAUUCGGUUCCAAGAGCAGAAAACACUCGACAUGGGAUUGGCUUUUCAUGAAUUCGCCAAGGGUCAGGCACGCCUUGCAAACAGUAUAGCCGAGGCAUGGCGAAGCCUUCUUCCCAAGAUUGAGGCUUGCUCUUCCGCCCAAUGAAUUGCAGAUCUUUUGUAUGAGAAAUUUUAGGCAGAUUUUUGAAGUUUUUUUGUAUACUGUACAGACCACGGUGGACAUGAACAGCAGAAUUUAUACCCUUGUAACUUUAAGACCUAUUAUAAACGGUACUCUUUUUUCUAAUUAUUAUAUAUUUAUUUAUUUAUUGUGAUGAGCUUAUUGUUAGGUCCAAUGUAAUUUGAUCGUCUAGUUGUUCGAUUGCUCGCUGACUGGAAAAAGUUGAUUCAUCCUGCAAAGUAAAUACAUUUGUUUGAUUGCUCGCUGACUGGAAAAAAAGUUGAUUCAU